UUGCAAAGUAGCCUUCUGGUAUCCAGCGAUCCCCUCAUUGUCUGCAGAAAGAGAUUUGAGAUCUUGAACAGAGGAGGAACAUUUGCUGUAUUUGGUUUCAGAGCUUGGUACCAGUAGCUAACAGUUUUUGAAUGCCUCCCCUGUGUUGGGCUCUGUUAAGCACGUUAUGUGCAUGACCGUGUUUCAUUUUCAUGAAUCUUGGGUAGAUUACCCCUUCUUUGUAGGUGGGAACACUGAAACUCAUGAUAAGUGACUCCUCUGAGGUCCCACAGCUUAGGGAUGGGGUGGUGGCGGUUGGUGUACAAAUCCGACUGCUGAGCCCAGGUGCUCACUGCUUCUGUCCCACUAACUAGGUGGGAGGCCUGAUAUUACAAAGCAGGGGCUUGGCCUUUGGCAGCUGGCCAAGUGCUUCUUGCUGAACUGGGUCCUGGGAAUAUCGGGGGUAGUGCCCGCUAGGAGGUAGGAAAAUGGAUAGUUCCGUGCCUGCUUGUAGCACACAGCACUUCACUGGGCAUCUGAGAUCUGCAUUCUGCCUCAGACCCAUUCUGAGUGAAACGUAGAGCUUACAGUUAAUCCCUUGAGUCUAGUCUAAGUGAUAGUGAUCAGAACUCUUACCAGUGCUGCCACCAGGAGUUCAGGGGCAGGGGACAGGCUGUGCACGUGGAUGUAGUGCCUUGAGCCAAACCACGGAACAGAAAAUUGGAACAGAAUUAUAUAAAUUAAAGUCAGAAAUUUCCUGUCCAGCCCACAGGGUGGAGUUUUCUCCAUUCCUAUCCAUCCUACUGAAUAUAAACCCUGAUUUGAUGUCAGUAGGGGGAAGGAGCAGCUGGUAGGACUCACAUUUCAGCUUUCUGAGUUCACCAUGAAUCUCAAGGUAGUCCUUGUGUUCCUGGCACUGUCCCUCAUUACCAUCUUUGCCCUGGCCUAUGUUUUGCUGACCAGCCAAGGUGGCUCCAGCCAGCCUCCCCGCUGCCCCUCUGUAUCCCCCAGUGCCCAGCCCCGGACACCCCCCAGCCAGAGCCAGCUGUUUGCAGACCUGAGCCCAGAGGAGCUGACGGCUGUGAUGAGCUUCCUGACCCAGCAGCUGGGGCCAGGCCUGGUGGACGCAGCCCAGGCCCGCCCCUCGGACAACUGCGUCUUCUCGGUGGAGCUGCAGCUGCCCCCCAAGGCUGCUGCCCUGGCCCACCUGGACAGGGGGAGUCCCCCGCCCGCCCGGGAGGCACUGGCCAUCGUCUUCUUUGGCGGACAACCCCAGCCCAACGUGAGUGAGCUGGUGGUGGGGCCGCUGCCGCACCCCUCCUACCUGCGGGAUGUGACGGUGGAGCGUCACGGGGGCCCCCUGCCCUAUCACCGACGCCCCGUGCUGAUGCGAGAGUACCGGGACAUAGACCGGCUGAUCUUCGACAGAGAGCUGCCCCAGGCUGCUGGUCUCCUCCACCACUGCUGUUUCUAUAAACGCCAAGGACGGAACCUGGUGGCGAUGAACACGGCCCCCCGUGGUAUGCAGUCAGGGGACCGGGCCACCUGGUUUGGCCUCUACUACAACAUCUCAGGGGCUGGGUUUUUCCUGCACCCCUUGGGGUUGGAGCUGCUGGUAGACCACAAGGCUCUGGAGCCUGCCCGCUGGACCAUCCAGAAGGUAUUCUUUCAAGGCCGCUACUAUGAGAGUUUGGCCCAGCUGGAAGACCAGUUUGAGGCCGGCCUGGUGAAUGUGGUGCUGAUCCCAGACAACGGCACAGGUGGGUCCUGGUCCUUGAAGUCCCAGGUGCCUCGGGGUCCGAGUCCUCCUCUGCAGUUCCACCCCCAGGGCCCCCGCUUCAGUGUCCAGGGGAGUCAAGUGGCCUCCUCAUUGUGGACUUUCUCCUUUGGCCUUGGAGCUUUCAGUGGCCCAAGGAUCUUUGACGUCCGCUUCCGGGGAGAACGACUAGCGUAUGAGAUCAGUCUCCAGGAAGCCUUGGCCAUCUAUGGUGGAAAUUCUCCCUCUGCUCUUCGAAGCCGGUACACAGAUGGUGGAUUUGGCUUGGGUCACUUCUCUUCAACCCUGACCCGGGGGGUGGACUGCCCCUACCUGGCCACCUACGUGGACUGGCACUUCCUUCUGGAGUCCCAAACUCCUAAGACAACACGUGAUGCCAUUUGUGUGUUUGAACAGAACCAGGGUCUCCCCUUGAGGCGACACCACUCAGAUAUCUACUCCCAGUAUUUUGGGGGCCUUGCAGAGACAGUGCUGGUCCUCAGAUCUGUCUCAACCAUGCUCAACUAUGACUAUGUGUGGGAUAUGGUCUUCCACGCCAAUGGGGCCAUAGAGGUCCGACUCCAUGCCACCGGCUACAUCAGCUCAGCAUUUCUCUUUGGUGCUGCCCGAAGUUAUGGGAACCAGGUUGGGGAGCACACGCUGGGCACCGUCCACACCCACAGCGCCCACUUCAAGGUGGAUCUGGAUGUAGCAGGACUGGAGAACUGGGUCUGGGCUGAGGACACGUCCUAUGUCCCCACGGCGGUGCCCUGGAGCCCCGAGCACCAGAUGCAGAGGCUGCAGGUGACCCGGAAGCUGCUGGAGACUGAGGAGCAGGCCGCCUUCCCCCUGGGAGGCACCCCACCCCGCUACGUGUACCUGGCCAGCAACCACAGCAACAAGUGGGGUCACCCGCAGGGCUACCGCAUCCAGAUGCUCAGCUUUGCUGGGGAGCCGCUGCCCCAGAACAGCUCCGUGGAGAGAGCCUUCAGCUGGGGAAGGUACCAGCUGGCCGUGACCCGGCGGAAGGAAGAGGAGCCCAGCAGCACCAGCAUCUACAAUCUGAAUGACCCUUGGACUCCCACUGUGGACUUCACUGACUUCAUCAACAACGAGACCAUUGCAGGGCAGGACUUGGUGGCCUGGGUGACAGCUGGCUUCCUGCACAUCCCACAUGCAGAAGACAUUCCCAACACGGUGACUGUGGGGAACGGUGUGGGCUUCUUCCUCCGACCCUACAACUUCUUUGACCAGGACCCUUCCUUCGAUUCUCCUGAUUCUGUCUAUUUCCGGGGGGACCAGGAUGCUGGGGCCUGCGAGGUCAAUCCCAUGGCCUGCCUCCCCCAGGCUGCUGCCUGUGCCCCAGACCUCCCUGCCUUCUCCCACGGGGGCUUCUCUCACAGCUAGGGGGGGCCCUGGGAUGGGGAAUGUGGCCAGGGGCUCCAGGGCCAGGGUGUGUGGGGAGGGGAACAGUGGGCACUGGGCCAGGCAGCCUGGUACCCUCUUUUCUCCCGAGGCCCCUCUGUAUGGCCCUCCCUGACACCCCCUCCCUGCUGGGAGCAUCCUGAGCCUGUGAUGCCUGACCCUGGGGGAGGGGCAGAGACACAACUCAGCUUUGUUGGCCUCAGACCUGCUGGGUUCCUGUCCCAGAGAGAGUGGCCAGCCGAAGCCUGGACUGAUGGCCAACCUUUUCCCAGAAGAUUUGUGUUUCUUCUAACAAUUUUUUAAUCUUUGUUUUGUUUUGUUUUUUAAGUAGGCUCCAUGCCCAAUGUGGGGCUCGAACUCACAACCCUAAGAUCAAGUCGCAUGCUCUACCAACUGAGCCAGCCAGGUGCCCUUCAUCUUGUUUUUUGUAACAAGAUUUCUUUUUAACGAUUCACAUGUCGUUAAAUCCACCCUGCCAAUAUGUAAGAUUGAGUGGGUUUUGGUAUAUUUACAAAGUGUGCAACUGUCACCCCUAUCCAAUUCCAGAGCAUUUUCAUCAUCCAAAAAAGAAACCUCAGGCCCGUUAGCAGUCGCUCCCUGUUUCCCUCCAACCCCUUCCCAGCUCUAGGCAACCACUAGUGUUUCUGUCACUAUAGAUUUGUUUACAAUCUGGACAUUUCAUAUACAAACAGGUUCACACCG